AUGGAAGUGCGAGACGAUUUCCAACGGAUGGACACGCCCCACUGUGACAUGCAGUGGGAGCCAACAGUCGAGCAGUCGACAACCGUCGCCGACGGUAACCAUCAUUCGGGACAGCAAUCGCCGAAGAAAGGCAAGAAAAGGAAGAGGCAUCCACCGAAAAGGCACGACCUACCUGUGAUACAUGAGUUCCAAGGAGUUGAUGGUCCUACUCUCGCAAAUUCGUACGAAGCGCAUGAUGAAGAAAAUACUCUUCCAGUGUAUUGCCACACUUCCAUCCCAACCCACAAUAGAAAUCGAGAAACCAGCAGCGAUACCAAUGAAUACUCCAUGCUUUCGCAUCCUCCAACACCAUUAAACCCCGGACAAGAUUCUCCUCGCCGCGAGACCUUCGAUCUCGUCCACCUACUCAACUCCAACAACUUCCGCGGCACUCUCUCCAUGUUCUCCAAACGGCUCGACCUCCUCCACGACCAAAUCUCCCUCUUCGAGACUAUAAAACUCGAACUAGAAAUUCUCAGGAAAGCGUAUUCUGGGAACGACGAGGCCAAGUACUACGCGAUCAUCAAGCGGAUCGAAGCAUACGACAACGUCGCUCGGAUCGCAGCGAUGCAUUUCACGGACGUGCUGGUGCACAAAUUGGCUCUCUGCGACGUUAUCGAACAGACCGAGUUUGAAAUGGAGAAGGAAGUGAGAGGUGAGAUUAAGAAGGCGAGGAAAGAGCUUGAAGAGUUGAUGAGGAGGUUUGAGGUUGAGUACUGUAGUGAGUUGGAGGGGUUGGAGGGGUCACUGGAGGAGGGCGAUGAUUGA